AUUCACAUACAGAGAAUCAUUUGGUGAUUCAUUGCAAGGAAAUAUAACUGAGCUGAAAAACAACACAAGUACACAGGUUCCUUGAUCGACUCACUGAAGCUGAAUUGAAGCUGAGAAAGGAAUUGAACACAUUUUUCAUUCGAUCAGCAUUAUGAGUAAUGCACAGAAGGAUUCGUUGAAAGUGAAGCUCGAUCAGCUUGAAUGUCACUUCACUUGGGGGCCACAGAAAGAAAACAUUGACUUGGAUGAUAUGAAGCAAAGAUUAGAAGAUUCAAUACAGACGAAUGUGAAACACCAAGCUAGGCCUCACAACCAACUCGCUUUUGUAAACUGUCUGCAAGGAAACUAUGAAAAGGCCAUUCAAAACCUGCAGGAAGCUGAAAGAUUUCUGAGGGAGAAUCAUGAAGAUGAAUUUGACAAAAGAAGCAUCAUCACCCAUGGAAACUAUGCCUGGGUAUAUUACCACAUGGGACAACUGACAGAGGCUCAAUCCUACCUCGACAAGCUGGAGGAGAUCUGUAAACAAUUUCCUGAUGCCUCUCAGUAUACAGCAAUGAUUCCAGAAGUAUAUGGAGAGAAGGGUUGGGCACUACUGAAAUCUGCUGGCAAAUACUAUGAAGAGGCAAUGGAAUGUUUUAAAAAGGCUCUGGAGAAAGAUCUGGAUAACAUUGAUUGCAAUGUUGGCUAUGCGAUUGUCCUAUAUCGCCUUGAAGCAUUUUCUGGUACCCCAGAGAAUCGUGAACCCAAUAAAUCAAUAAAACAGUUGAGACGUGUGCUGGAGCUUGAUCCAGAUCAUGCUGAAGUCAAGAUGCUGUUGGCUCUAAAAUUACAAGAGUCCAAUAAAAUAGUGGAAGCACUCAAAUUAGUUGAACAAGCAUUGCAGAAGUCCCCUGAUCUUCCACAUGUGCUUCGUUAUGCAGCAAAAUUUUACAGAAACGAAGGAGAUGUGGAAAAAGCCGUGGAGGUGCUGAAGAAAGGAUUAAAAAUUACUCCACACUCUACGUUCUUAAACCAUCAAAUAGGUCUGUGUUACAGAAAGGCCCUAAUGUCACUGAUCAAAACUCCACGCAGCAAAAAGCCUCAACAGAAAGCUGAAUUGAUCGAACUAUGCAAAUUUUAUUUUAAAAAGGCAUUUGAGCCUCGUCCAUUAACGUUUAUUAGGGCACAUCUGGAUUUUGCAGGAAUCUGUGCAUUAAAUGGAGAAUAUCCGAGCGCAGAGGAAAUCUACAAUAAGCUACUGAAAUUGGAAGAUAUUCGUCCAGAAAAUAAGCAGGCAAUACGUUUACAGGUUGGAUUAUUUGAACUGCAUCAGAAAAAAUCAGAAUCAAAUGCCAUCACCCACUUUCUAGAGGGGAUGAAAGUCAAUUAUGACUCAACAGAAAGGGAAAAGUGCCGUGAUAACUUGAAGAAGAUAGCAGAAAGACAACUUCGCAGGAAUCCAAGAAACAGCAAAGCCCAUGGUGUUCUUGGCUUCCUGCAUCAGCUGGAUGGGAGGAAGCACAAGGCUAUUGAAUACUUUGAAAUGGCCUCAGACUUGGAUCCUGGCAAUGAAGAAUAUUUAAGUGCUCUUUGUGAAUUACGCCUUUCCAUCUAGGUCAACAAUGUCUUUCCCAACUAAAAUUAAGCUGAAGGAUAAAUUACUCUCUAAUCUAUAGACAGCUUCUACUGAUACCCACUUCACUUAUAUUCUGCUUAGAUUUUUUUUUAAUUGAGCAUGUUAUGCAUGUGUGUAUAAUUUUCAAAUAAUCUCACUGUAAUUAUUUUAAAUCGCUGUGCUUCUUCAGGAAUAUUAACCACACUGGUGAACUAACCAAAUAGCAUUUGUUUCUGACUCCCAAGAGUUUUUCCUGUAUGUGAAAAGAAGUGUGUAUGGGGGUAGGUUGUUGGGGGAGGAGGCUAAGUGAUGUAAAAAUAAGUUAAAAUGGGCUAAAGAGAAUAAAACACAAUAGCUGCAGGUAUUGAUUUUCUAAGCAGAGCUUUCAAUUGUAACUGUAUAAUCAGAAAUUGAAAGUUACAAUAACUAAUAAAAUGAAACCAUGGCUGAGA